AUGCCUGUUGGUAGACAGGUGAAUUUAACACGAUUCUGUGAUUCACUGAUAGCAGCAGUUCUCUCGCUACCCUCAUCAUCAACAUCGUCUUCGCUAAAUAGCAACAACAACAACAACAGCAUCAGUGGAGGUGAAUGUGACGGUGACGCUGGUGACCUUACUAGGGAGGCUUAUCGUGUCAGUGAAGCAUUACGUAGUAUAUUAUCAAACAAUCGGUUAAUAAUACCUUAUCAACAAAUUCCUGAAUCAUUACAACCAACUGUAACAUCAUUAGCUGAAAAAGUUGUUCAGUUGUCAGCGACACGUGGUUCACCGAUAUACAAUUAUCUGGCUAAAUUGUCUGCCUUGAAAAAAUCUAUCAAUAAUAAUAAUAAUAACAAUAAAAAAACGGUAUUAAAAAAAACAAAUGUUAAAAAAUUAGGUAAAGUAUCAUCGAAAUUUUUAUUUCCUAGCGAUGAUGACGAUUAUAGCGAUGGUGAUGGUGAUGAUGAUGAUGAGGACGCAGAUGGCGAUGACACUGAGGGUCAUCAAGAUCAGGAGACUACUGAUCCUAAUAAACCACGUCAUCAGCAACAACAUCAAUUAGUCGGCUUUACAGAUCAUUUAUCCCAUUCAACAGUGAACACUAGUCAUCAUUGUAGUAUCACUUCUACUACUAAUAGUACGUCUACUGAGAUGAAUAUCGAUAAUCAACGUCCAUUGAAGUCGUCAUCAUCGGAUUCUUCCCUACCGACUAUGGUACCAAUGAAUAUUUUUUACAAUUCUAAGCAUAUUGAUGAUUGUUACAGUGAUCAUCCUUCUCUGGGUAAUGGUGGUAUGGACGAUGAUGGGGAUGUGGAUGAUGAUAUUGAUGGUGAUAUCGAGGAUGAUGAUGAUGAUGUCGGUAUUGAUUCAUUCGAUCUUAAUCAGUCAGAUCUGUCAUUGAAUAAUAAUAAUAAUCUACAUAACAAUCAAAUUAGAACUGGUAUCGGUACAACAAAUAAUAAUGUUGAUAAUACUACUACCAAUGAUGAUAUUACAAGCGAAAUGAUGAAUAGUAAUAAUAAUAAUAAUAAUAAGGGUGGGAAUUAUUGUUUAACUAAUGGGAAAAUUUCUCCACCAAUCAUGCAAGAGAACAUCAAUUUGGGAAUAACACAAAAUUAUCCUUUCGGUAAUAUUAUUCAAACACAUGGACAAACACUAAUCGAUUUGGCUAGUGGUCAAUUGUUUCAAUUACAACCGCAAAAUGCAAAUCAACAACAACAACAAUUGUUGAAUAAUUCAACCGACUUUCUACUUACCUGUCCUAAUAGUACUAAUGGUAAUAUUAACGGUGUAUUGGGUAAUGUGAAUAUUUCCUCAUCACUUUCUCCAACGGUUAUAUUUGUACCCACCACCACGUAUACAACAGCACAGAAUAAUCGUAUGGAAUUGACAUGUGGUGGUGGCGUUGGUCUCGGUGUCGGUGGUGCUUCCUCUUCCGUUUCACCUAAUCAAGGCACUGGUUCAUCAAUUUCUGCUGCUUUACCUUUAGAUGAAAGUAUGAUUGAUAUAUCACGUUUAGGCGGUAUUGAAAACCUGAUGCCUUCAACAGCUGUGAUGUUUUCACCCAGUACAUUGAUUAAACAACCCCCACCUGAAUGUAUUGCACCACAAUGUCUAGUCGAUGUUCCUGUAAAACAAGAUAUCAAUGGAAACGGAAUUAGUAGUAAUAAUAAUAAUAGUAAUAGUGAUAAACCAGUUCGUUGUCUACCUAUCGAUGACAUCCGUAUUGAUCUGCGUAAAACAGGUGGAGGUUCAGGUCGAUCAGUGAAAUUAGAACUACGUGAACUAUUAGAUCUUGUCUUAACGUCGGCAUCAUAUUCACCAAAUCCAAUCGUGUUAGCCGACAGUGGAAAGAUAUACACACCACAUCCUGGUACAUCACAACGUCCUCCGGUUGGUUUAGUUACACAACUUCUUUGGCGUGCACGUGCACUAGAUGAUCGUGGCCCAUGGAUUCUCACUUUUUCUAUGUGGUGGUUAAUGCAACAUUAUUUUGGCAUUGGUAGUCGUAUGCAUCAUGUACGUCUACGUUGGGGACAUGUACGACUGGUUCACGGGGUAAUUGAUCCAAUGACCGGUGAAUUGUGUGAUGCUAUUGAAUAUGUUGGCCCAUCAAAUUUUACAACAGUUAAAGCUUGUGCACUGCCUGAAUCCAAUCCUACUACUACAACUUCUGGACGAGAAUCCUCAUCAGUUGCUACCGGUGCUGGUGCUCCUGCUUCUGGUAGUGUUAUUCGUCGUGUCUAUCCAUCUUCAGGAUGGGCUGAGCCUGAAAUCACUGUGGCGACUGCUCUGUCUACUGAAAGUAAAGCAAAUCGACCAAGAGUUCGUCCACUGUAUACUGAUCCAUCUGUACCACCGGUACCACCGCGUUCAGGACCUGAUUUUGUCGCUUUGUAUAAAUCUUUCAUUAGGUACAGACAAGAAGCAUCACUGCUUCCGGAUUCUCCGUUCUAUGUUCAACCUUUACAGAAUUCGUCUGCAGCCUAUCAUUCGAAAACUUCCAUUAUUUGGUUCAGUAUCGGUGCAUUGGGUAAAAAUCGUAUCGGUGCAUUAAUGCGUAAUAUUGUUGACAAGGUGGUACGACCAGAUAUGCCAAAAGUGGCGACAGCUGCUUUAUCAGCUGCAACUAGUGCUUGUGUAAUAGCUGCAGACAGAGCUGCUAUGGCACUGACAGAUAAUCAUUGCGUUGGCGUUGGUAGUAACACUGGUGCCAAAAUGCCUUCAUCAGAUCUAAGCAGUCGUCAACAAUCAUUAGUUGACAAGUUGUCGUGUCUUCUAGGUACUAAUAUGUCAAAUAUGAUGAUGAGUAGUGAGUCGCCUACAAAAAAAAUCAAUAUCAACACAAAUAGUCAUACUAACAAUACUCAUACUAAUACAAAUAAUAAUGGUGGUACAGUGAUUAUUUCACGUUUAGACAAUCCUGAGACAAAUCUGCUGCUUUUGUCACCGACCUCAUCAGGCGGAGUGAUGAUGAUGCAACAAGCCUUACCUACAACAGUGACAUCAACAUCAACAGCCACAGAUAUUGUUCGUAGUCCAAAUCAUUUCUUACUAAAGUUGCCAAAACUUGUAACACCUACUGCCAGCACCAUCAUUAACACGUCUACUACUACUACUAAUACAUUGGUGGUAUCGUCGGAUUCAUCGUCACGAUCACUGUCAAUGUCAUCAAUGAUAGCUCCGUUGUUGUCUACACAACCACCAGCAGCACCACAGACGUUUAUUCAAGACACUGAUCGUACAGUGAUGAAUCCUGUCAAUCAGCUGGGUACAAAUACUACCACUUUCCUUUUGUUGACUACUGUCGAUGGUCAGACAUUUUUAGCUCCUGCAGGAGGUUGUUUUGGCGGUUUCAAUACCAACAACAACAAUAAUAAUCAGUCGCCUGGUGGUGGUUACAUAUUAUUACAAACUGCCACAUCGACUGCUAAUCAUGCCACCAAUGUUGUCACGCCUGGUUCUACUGCUGCUCAUCUCAUUUCACAGAUUGAACAUACAGAUCCUGUACAACAACAACAGCAACAAUCCUCGUUUGGUCAAUAUCAUCAAGUCGUUCAGUCGUCUAUUAACACGCCUAUGCUAAUUUAUGGUUCAGGCGGCGGUGGUGGUGGUUAUUCACCUAUGAAGGGACAAAAUAUGAUGGUAUCACCAUAUCAACUGACAACAGUCAUGGGUACAACGUCGAUUCCGGUGACUCCAACUACAACAACAACAACUACUACUACGACUGCUGCAAUCACACGAUCAUUAGUCACACCACGAACCUUUCAACACCACCAACAACAACAGCAACACCAACAUCAACAACAACCGAUUGCAUAUCACCUCACAUCGAAUCCAACCAGUAGCAGCAGCAACUCACUCCCGGUGAAUGUUAUCCUUUUGUCGAAUAAUCCAACGUCAAAUUCGCUGUCUACCUCACCAAUUCUCUUGAGUAAUAAUACUACACCAGCUGUUGUACACUCUCAAUCUGCUCAACUACCGUCAACAAUUUAUCAAACAGAAAAUCGUUGUGAUUUUGAUUUCAGCGUGUUGUAUUCAGCUAGAGAGACUUCAGCUGUUAAUACUACUAACACUACUACUGUGGGGAGUAGUAGUAUGACUAGUACCAUUGGUCAAGUCGAUUCAUCAUUCCAACCAUUGAUUAUUCAAAGAAAUGAUUCAUCAAAUAUGGCGAUUCGUCGAACAAUUACUCUAAUGAAUUCAGGAAAUCCAUUAACUGUGGUCAAUAAUAAUAAUAAUAAUAGUGGUGCAACAAGCAUGACCUCGAGACAGCCAGUUGUUGGGCCACCAUCGUCAUCAACAACUACGACAACAACAACAACUUCGGUCCUGCCUGCUUGUAAUCAAAUCCUUUGUGGACGUAGUUCAUUGCAGCAAUCACAACCACAACUACAACCCCCACCCCCAGCACCACCACCACCACAACACCUACAACAGACUCAACUCCCUGUAUUGUUUGAUACUUCCACGUCAUCGGUGUUGAAUACCAACUCAGUGACCAGUAGUGGCAGUGCUACUACUGCCUUAUUACAGUUGAAUCCAAUGAAAACAGGCUAUCAACAAACACAGAAUAAUAAUAGUCUUAUUCAAGCAUUAUCAUGUGGUCAAUUGAUUGCUAUUACACAGCCUGUGGAUGGUGGUGGUGGUGUUGGUAGCAACGGUGAAAGUGUCGUCGUCGGAGGCAGUGUCCUACAGCCAGUGGUACAUCAUCAUAAUCAAAUGCAACAACACCAGCUUAUCAAUUCAUCUUCUGAUUUGAUCACUGGGGGUCAACAACACCACCAACAACAUCAACAUCAACAGCCAACAAUCACAAUUCUUCCUAUCGGUAAUAAUACAACUGCUCUUAGUAAUAAUAAUAAUAACAAUGGUAUUAAACCGGAUCUGUACUUUGAGCUCCCUAUGAUCGAUGGAGGUGAUCAGAAUACUAACAGUAAUAAUACUACUACUAAUAAUAAUAACAAUCCAGGUCAAACUGUCUAUCGUUUAUUGUGUACUGAUAAUUCUACUGAUCGUACCUUCCUUACAAAUGGAUUAAUAUCAUCAAAUAAUAAUGAAAUAAAUCGUCUUGUUUUUAUUAAUACUACUCAUAAUCAAAAUAAUCAUAGUAGUAGUUGUGGUCUAUCAGAAACAAUGAAUAGUAUAUUCACAACAGAGAAUUCCUUAUAUCCUCCUCCUCCAGCAACAUCAGCAGUAUCAUCCACUGCACCACCGACAUCAUCGUCGUCGUCUACAACGCCAUCAUCAAUGAUAACAACGAAUGAUCAUCACUACCUUAUUGAUCAUUUUCCAAAUGUUAUCGUCAAUCAGCAACACCAGCAACAACCAUUGAUCAAUGGAGGUUAUGCUUCAUUGGCAUCACCACAGUCCUCCGUUUCUUCAUCCUCCUCCUCCUCCUUGUCGUCGGCGUCGGCGUCUUCAAUGAUGUCAAUGAAAACAACUUUAUCAUCAUCAUCGUCGGGAACAGGAUCAGCAGUUGGAUCUAGAUCUGGAUCAUCAUUAUUAUUAGUGUCUACUGCAAAUCCAACCAUCUCUUCAAGUAUACUUCAAUCGCCAAAAAUUUCUUUACUUACUACAUCAAAAUUAAAAAAGGAUCAGGAUACUAUGGAUAAUAAUAAUAAUCCUAAUAAUAAUGCUAAUUGUACUACCAGUGUGAUGAUGAAUAAUGCUCAUCUUUUGAAUUCUGGACAUUUUAUUAAAGGCGAUGAUGAUAAUCAAUACUUGAGGCCUCCAACAAUUUUGACUAUAAUGACAAUAAAUCCAACAAAACGAGAACAAGAAUUCAAUAAUGACAUGAGUAAUAAUAAUAAUACUACUAAUAAUAAAGGAAAUACUAACAAUAAUAGCAAUAGCAAUAAUAAUUUCUUGUCAACACUACCAUCCCUGUCAAGUAUGACGUGCCAUUUGAUCCCGAUAGAACCAAAACCUGAACAAUUAAAAACUUUACAGUCAGUGAUCAAUUCAGCUAGUGCAUUCCAGUGUUCUGAUUUCCCUGCUUAUGUUGAACAGUUAUUUCGUAAAGGUAUCCUAAGUGGUCUACGUCCAUGGUGUUUAAAUUUCACUGCAUGGUUUAUUAAUACCCUUGUCUUUGAAGUAGAAAAUCGUACAGAACAUGUCAGCUUACGUUGGGGUGAUUUUCGAUUGUGUAAAACAGCUGAUGGACGAAUUGAAUAUAUUUAUUUUAUUAAUCGUAUUACAAAUAAACGUUAUUAUCUGGCAAGUUCACCAACAUCAUGUUGUGCACUAGGUUAUAAUAGAAGUGAAUUGGACAAUAAAUCGUUGAAUGAACCCCCUGUUCGUUGUCCAUGCCCUGUAACUAUAUUCAAAGCAUUAAGAGAUAGACGACCUACUGCUUGCUUGGAUCCAUAUUCAAAGUUCUACUUACAGCCGCGUAAUGUUGAAUGUCCUGAAGCCAAUGCUAUCGAAGAGAUUCACGACAGAGUUCAAAAAUGUCAUCUUUUACCAGCAUAUAGUAAUUGGUUUACAGAACAUGCAUGGGGUAAAAAUAAACUUGGUGGUUUAUUUGCUGAAGCCUCUCGAUUGGCUGGCCUCCCAACAAUAUGGUUACGUAAACAUCGUUCUAGGAAUUUUUUUCCCGGUGGUGGAGGUUCUGGGAUCGGUGCAUUAGGCAAUCAUCAACAAAAGAAAAGGAAGACAGUGGAAGAGAAGAACAAUAACAAUGAGAAUCCAAGUACUCAUCAUCAAUUCACUUCAAGAGAAAAUGAUAUCGGGAAUGAUGAUGAAGGCGAUGAUGAUGACGAUGAUGAUGAUGACGAUGACGACGAUGAUGAUGGUAAUGGUGGUCAUGGGGGUGAAGAGAAUCACUUUGAUGAUGUCAUCCUUGAUGGUGAUCAUACAAGUCGAAGUAAAGAGAACAAUAAUAAUAAUGAUGAUUUAAGUAUGCAUACAGAAGUGAAACGUCGUUGUAUUUUGAAUACUGUGAAGAAUACAACGAAUUCGAUAUCGAUAUCGAUACCGGCGACUGCAAACUCGACAACAUUCAUUUAUAAUCAACAAGAGGGUUCUUGUAUUACAACUGUAACUGGAACAACAACACCAACAACAGCGAAUAGUGUAAAUAUUCUUCCAAGUUCAAUGACCAUUUUAAAACCGAAAGAAAUAAUUUAUACCUCAACAGUCAAUCAAUAG